AAAACGAAAACUUUACUAUGAAUCCAUCAUCAAGAUUGGAAGGGUGGUACCAACACAAUAUAUGGAGUCCCAUCAUUGACCCAGCGUUCCGUAAUUUUGAGAUUGAUCUUAUACGUGGGGAAGGCUCAAGUAUGGCAUCUAGUGAUAGAAAAAAUGAUGACACGGAUUGUGAGGAAGAUCGAAAGAAGAUCGGAAGGAAAGGAGAUGGGGUGUUUAGAUUAAAUGGAGAUAGGUUGGAAUUUGGGGCUAUUGAGGCCGGAAAGAAAUGGGAAGGAAAAAACGGAAAAAAAUACAUUACUGACAGCUUGAAACUUAGUAAGAUGCUCAGGGAUAUGCUAGUGCAACUUGCAAAAGAAUGUAAUAAUGAUGAACAAAUUGUUAGGAAAUUACAGACCGUUGGGAUGUUACAUAGUGCCAAUCGAUUUCAACUCCUUACUUUGGAUGCUCCAAAGGGAUAUAUUUGUCGAAUUCGACGUUUUGACUUUCACGAAGUUGCUAAUCAUAUAAAUAAUCCACCAUUAGCAUUUGUGCUAAAAGACAUUUUAAGAGCAAAGGCAAUUAUUAAACAGACAUUAGAAUUAGUGCAAGAAAAGAAAUCUGAUCUUGAUGAUCUCGAUGAUUUUGAUGACGAUGGGAGGGAAGUUAAG